GAAGAAUACGCCAGUAAAAACUAAGGUUUAAACGACAGGCCAUGUGACUGUUGUUUAGAAACUUGAUCUCGAGUUUUUAAAGCUUCUCUAAAUAAUGGACGGUGAAAGUGAACUGACUCAAAGGCAUCCUGCCAGUGAGGAGGUUUCUCCAAGCGCUCCUUUGGAGCAGCAGGAGGAUUGGUUGCCAUCCCAAACCCGUCAGGCAGCCAGAGCGGUAGCUCUCCUGCUUUUCUUCAGUUUCCUGAUGUUUACUGUACCAUUUUUGGUAUUUUAUGGCACGAAACAUGUUGCACUGGAAUACUGGCAUUUGGAUACUUUCCAAAGCAAUGCCAUAUCAGUAUUUACAGCCGUUCUAAGCGUUAAUGUUAUAAUAGGAAUAUAUGCCUACAUAGCGUAUAAAGAACCUGACUAUGAUAGUGAAGGGAAUAUUGUACUUGAAACCCCAGCAGAGCCCAAAGAACAGUUGGAUCUUAAGGAAGACUGAUCGAAGCAUUCCAGUAUUUGUAUUAAUUAAAUGUAGCUUCCAUUCCCUUGCUCUUAAGAAUUUGAGUGUACCUAGUCUGUAAAAAUUGCCUCUAGAUGUAGAAAAUACACACUGUUUACUCUCAAA